GAAGUUCUUUGUGAAGGUCCCUGCAAUUGCUGCUUCUUUAUUACCACUUUGUGAGACAUUUGGCUCAAUUAAACCGACUUCGCAUAGCACUGGCGAUGAGUGCUCCUCAACAUCAACAUAUAUGGCCUUUUCUUUAGCCUUUCUUUUCCUUAUUCGUUUAUGGAAAUUCUGUAGACCCCCUCUUGACCCACUGUGCAUCACGGAAUUAGGAGUUGCAGCUGGACUGCUGGAGGUUUGGAGUAUAUUUUGUCAUUGCACAAUACUCGUGUCAUGUUUUCCCAAGAUAAACUGAAAAGCAAUCCAAGUCUCUCUGAUUCUGCAUCUGUUAAACCUGUAUAUAUUGAUUCGUUUCCAAAAUUACGGGCCUUGUAUUGCCAACACAAAUCUUGUGUUGCUUCAGCCCUUUCUGGCAUUUCUACUGGAAAUUCCAUUCAUCAAACUGCUAAUAUGAUUUACCAGAAGAUAACCAAAGCUGGAAAUUCAUCAAGUAAUUCUUCAUCACCGACUACUAAUAGCAGUAAUGCAUGUAGUUCCCUCAUGAAUUCUGGUGAAGAUACUUUUCCAAGACCCAUGCUUCCUGCAUGAGAAGUACUGGAAGCUCUUCCUUUUGUCCUUGAAUCAAUUUUAACUGCUUGUGUUCACGGGAGGAUUUCAUCACGAAAAUUGACCACAGGUCUGAGAGACCUUGUUGAUUUUCUUCCGGCGUCGCUUGCUGCUAUUAUUGAUUACUUUUCUUCAGAAGUUACUCGUGGUGUAUGGAAACUAGUUCCAAUGAAUGGAACAGAUUGGCCCAGUCCAGCAGCAUUUAUUCAAUCAAUUGAAUCAGAAAUGAAAGCUAUAUUAACUCAUGUUGGCGUUGAGGUUCCAAACCGUUCUUCUGGUGGUGCACCGGUAAUGCUUCCUCUACCAAUGGCAGCUCUCGUCAGUUUAUCCAUUACUUUUAAACUUGACAAAAGCCAGGAGUACAUGCAUGCUAUUACUGGAGCAGCUUUGGAAAACUGUGCAUCAGGUUGCCCUUGGCCUAGUAUGCCUGUAAUUGGCUCUCUGUGGGCCCAAAAGGGUCGCCACUGGCACAACUUCAUUGUUGUAUCAGGUUCCCGUUCUGUGUUUAAACAUAGCAAUGAGUGUGUAGCUCAGCUGUUGAGAAGUUGUUUCACCUCAUUCCUUGGAACAUUGUGUGUUUCAACCGAGUGUAAUGUGAAUGGCCUGUUGGGUAGCACCAUUAGUGCCCCUGGUCCCUGUCCCUUUGUUGCUCCUGGGUUCCUUUUUCUUCGAUCUUGUCGAAAUAUACACAACGUGCGGUAUGUAAACAUAUAAUUGUGGGUCUUGUGACAGAGUACUCUAAUGAAUUAGCCAGUUCUCGCCACGUAAAAUCCAACAAAGCAUCACUAUCCUUAGCCGUGCAGAGUGCAAAAGAGGUGGCAACACUUGGAGCAAGUCUUCUUAUGUGCGGCAGGUCAAGGGAUGUGAAGCAAAACAAUGAUAGUGUUGGGUCGCACAUACUUGAGGGUUAUGCUAUGGGGUAUCUGUUGAUAUUGUCCGGGUCAAUUAUAUGGGGUGUUGGGACCAAGUUACCAUCGGGGACAUUCCAUUGAGGUCCAUUUGGACUUCUUGGCUGAAAUCAUGGAGCAGAAAAUCUCACUCAGUUGCAAUCCAAUUACAUGGAAAACUUAUAUCUGCUGUUUUGUGGGAUUAAUGGGUUCAAGAAGUGAAGGUGGCUUAAGCAGAUGGAAUGAACAUGAACUGGCACUCAUGAUAGAAUUUAUGAAGACUAAAUAAUGUAAUGUCAAAAAUUGCUUCAGAGAAAAUAGCAAAUCUACAAGUGAGAUUGAAAUUGCUAGAGUAUUUUCUCCCAAUCCGGGUAGUAUGUACUAUGGAGCCGUAGUGGUAGUAUGCUCCUCGACAAUGGGAGAUGCAAC